AUGACAAAAUUAAAAAACCCUAAUAAAUCACCCAAAAUGGAAGAAGUUCGUGAAACCAUAAACGAACAUAAAAGUGAUUCAUCACUGGUAAGGAGAAUGAGCUCCUCAUCAGACAGACCGAAAGUAGAAUCAUCCGACCCAAACAAAAAUGAUAUGCUAGAAACAUAUAGAAGUGUGUCGGAAAUACCCAAGAAGAAAAAAAAGACGAAAUAUGGAGAUUUAUUCAAGUUUUCACUCAAUAAUCCAAUAUACCAAAGAAUGUCACCAAGCAAUAAAAGAUGGCUAUAUAUAUACAAAAUUUUGUCCAUUUUAGGAAUGAGUCUACUAGUAGUUGGUUACACAUUCUUUUUCCUGGUCCUAUUCACGCCUCUUAUAUAUGUUGAUGAGGGACAAAUAGUCGACCCGAUUUUAUUCCAACCAACUCACGAAAGUUUAUUGCAUUCAUUAGUCACGCUGUGGCAUCAAAAGGCAUAUAUAGUCAUUGUUAUAGUUGUUAUAUUCUCAAUCUCACUCCCAUUCGUUAAAAUGAUAGCAACACUGUUUGCAUACCUAGUCACUUCAUUACACAGAAGCAGACAAAUAGAUCUUUUUUACGGCUCUAAAUUGAGAGUUGAGUCACAAGUAAGAGCAUACACAUCAAGAUCACAAUCCCUUGAACAAAAUUUAUACGAACCAUCAAAUCUUGAGUCAAUGGAUUAUUCAGUGUACGAGGAUAGGAAAAUAACAAAGUACGCAAGAGAAGUCCUAUUGAUUUUAAAACUCAUAUCGAAAUUUCAAAUGGUAGAUAGUAUCAUCUUGUUGCUUAAUAUUUGUUUUCUGAGAUCAGCAUUUACAUGGUCGAGACGUGGAAACGGUCUGUUAUAUUUAGUCAUAUAUUGCUUGACAUCCAUCUUGGGAACUCAAUUGUUAAACCUAUCAGUGGAAGGAGAACAUCAUAUGUUCGAAUACUGGAAAGCUGUUAGGCUGUUGUGUCUAAAUAAUACAGUAAAUUAUGAUAGUUACUACAGCAGUUUCCAAAAUGAGGAUGCAAGCGAGGAACUCGAGUUCAAAAACUCUAUGCUGGAACAUAGUGUAAAAUAUAAAACAAGUAAUAUAGAAAUGAAUGAAACAGUGCAGCCAGAAAAAAGCACUGAAUUCAAUAAAUAUACUUCAGGGUCUAAUACAACAGGAAAUUCAUCAAGCUCAUCUGGCAAACCGCCAGCCGUAUUUAACCUCAAGUCAAGAGAAAAAUCACAUAGUUUUGAGGCUAUUAGUAACACAACGAGUGAACCGUAUUUCUACGAGUUUAUAUACAAGGAUAAGAAAAAGGAUUUUAAAACCAGAUGGUAUAUAUCAGAAAUUUUUGUAACUAUAUUGGUUAUUAUGAACUUAGUUGCAGCUGGACUAAUCAUAACCAACGAAAAACUAUUUGGAAUCACAUUUACACCAGAUGUAGAAAAACAAUUGGGAGUGGAUGGAACCCAAAUGACAUUUUUUGAAAUUGUUAUGUCACUUAGAGAUUGCUGGAAUUAUUUGCCAUUCUUCAUUUUUUAUGUACUAUCUGUUUUAGUACCGGUUUUGUUUCAUACCACAUUCCUAUUGGGAUUAAUUCUUUACAAAGUUUCGGUGAGCAAUAAAGAUUUUAGCUCUAUAUCUAAAUUCGACCCAGGCAAUCCAUUGAUACACCCAUGCCAUUCAUUUAAUCUCUCGGUAAAAUUCACGAGAUACUUGCUAAACUUCUCUAAUUUGUUGUCAGAAUGGUCACUGGGAGAAGUGUUGUCACUGGGAAUAAUAGCAGGAUAUGUAUCACUUUACACAGCACCAAACGUGCGCUUCUAUUUGCCUCCUCCUAAAUUUGUAUCUGUCUUCUUUAUAAUAGCAUCUUUCGGAGUUUCUUCAUUUCUGAUUAACAUACAGUUCUUCAUGUGGUACACCAGAAUUAUGAACCGCCUCUCGGAUGUCACAAUUUAUGUGGAAUCAAUUAAUUCAGCAACCAGCCAAGAAAAUAGCGACUAUAAUAUCAACAGUAAACUUAAUCAAACUCAAUUGGUUAAUGACAGGACAUUAAUGAUUGGUGACUCUAAAAAUAAUUUACAGAGAUUAGAGUCAUCAAUUGAGCACAGUGUUCAUGAUGUAGAUAACCAACAUCAAAGGACAAGAAAGAGGAACAAGGUUAGGAUCAUGUUCAUCAAGAUCGUUGACUUCAUAAGGCACAUAAUUUACUCCAAAAUAAUUGUUUCCACCUUCUUCGCAAUACUUUUCCUCUUGUCAUUGUGUUUGUUUGGAUUUGGCUUCUUGUCAAGUCCUCCUCCAACAAAAAUCGAUGAACGCAAGAUGCAGAACUUCCUUGACUUUGGUUUACCUGAAAUCUUCAGUAUCGUUAAGAGGAAUCUUCCUAAAUCAUUCGGAAACUGUAAUUACAUAUAUCCGCCUCCGGAACCGUGCACUGGUAGCACCUCAAUAUAUCACUCGAAGGAAACAAUUUAUUUCGAAUUGGUAUGGAUUUCAGGAAUCGAUACUAUUCAUUUUGUGGAUACAAACUUUAUAGUUAGGAGUGAUAACAGAAUGGAAAUCACUUCCCACAUCAAGUUCACUGGACUCAAACCAUAUGUCAAAAUGGGCGCUUGCAUUUCGGGAAGAUGCAACACAGUGUUUUCUGGUGAAAACCUUUGUUGUGGAGACGAUCUUCAUGUUGUUAUUGGGGUUUCGGCUGUUUGCGAUGACACAUUCCCUCAUAUUAGGGAUUUCAGAUUCGAGCAAUUGAAAAUCAAAAACUUGAAAUUCUUGAACGAACUUCAAUAUCUAGUCAGUAAGGUUGUUUCAAUAGAAUCAUUCCUGGAGAGACAGAUUGUAAAUCACGUAAAUGAAUUCAUUGCUCGACAGGAGCAUAUAUUUGGAUGGAAAGGACUCCCAUUUAGUGUUGUUGAUUUUAUAAACUUUUUAACUCAAAUUAAUUUCCCUUACGGACUCAAAUGUCCCCCUACCACUCCCGUUUCAAAUCAAUCUAACUUUGCUUCCCUCCCUGAUCAGUAG